GUGGUCAUUUUGUACAAAUUUUAAUAAGUCAUAAUUCCACGUUUGAGAUUACAUGUACAGUUAACAAGGGCAUGGACUCGGAACAAGAACGACAUCGAAGGAGAACUACAACAAUUAACUUGGUCAUGGAAUAUUACAACACAUACAUUGCACGCGCUCCGCAUUAUACAUCAUCUUAUAUCGGGGACAAAUGUGUAGGAGAAAUGCUAACAGGGCAUCCAAGAAGAUUCAGUAACAUGUUUCGCAUGACGCAGGAAGUCUUUCGAGAUCUAUUAGCAAAAUUGAGUCGAUCUCAUGGCUUACUUGGGUCAUCAAGGAUGACUGACUGUGAGGUCUUGACAUUGACUAUGUGCAUAUUAUCACAGAACGAGUCAAUUCGUGCUGCGAUGGAACACUUUCAACACUCAUCGGAAACGAUAAGCAGAUGCCUUUCAGUGGGGUUGAAUGCUCUCGUUAGCCUGUACAAGAUUGUCAUAAAGUCAAUCGAUCCAACGUUUUCAUACACUUCGUUGGAGAUUCGACACGAUGCACGAUACAUGCCUUACUUCAAAGAGUGCAUUGGUGCAAUAGAUGGUACCCACGUUGAUGCACGAGUUUCAAAUAAUGAGAAAAUUGUAUUUAUUGGUCGCACUGGAACUCUAACUCAGAAUUUCAUGGCCGUCUAUGACUUCAACAUGUGUUUUAUGUUCGUCAUGUCUGGCUGGGAGGGUAGCGCACACGACAGUAAAAGUUUUAAGAGUGCUACAAGGAAUCCUCACUUUAACUUUCCUCACCCUCCGUCCGGAGAAGAUGAGCUUACGGAUUUCCGGGACAUCCCGACGAACACUGUCACUGUGGCCUUAAACCCUCACUGCUGA